AUGGUUUCUCCGUUCGUGGCGGCGGCGACUGUGCUACCCAAUGAGGUGGCUCCACAAUCGGAACUGGUAGUGGUGAAUUCGGUGGUUGUUGAGGAGUAUGAUCCGGCCAGGCCGAAUGAUUAUGAAGAUUAUAGGAGGGAGAAAAAAAGGAAGGCGAUGGAAGCGGAGAGGUUGAGGGAGAUUGAGAGGAGGAGGCAAGAGGAGGAGGAAGAGAGGGAGAGGGAAAGGGAGAAGGAUGUGAAUAUUUCUGGGGAGGAAGCGUGGAGAAGGCGUGCUGCCAUGAGUGGAGGUGUUCUGAGGAGUUCUUCGCCACCCAGGAAUGGGGAUGGGUUUAAGGAUGAUGGCGAGGAUGGGGUGGAAGGAAGGGCAAGGAUUGGGGAAACAGGAGCAAGGGAUUAUACUAAACAGGAGCAAGGGAAACAUGAGAUGGCGAUGAUGACGCCAUUGAUGGCGAAGAAGACUGAUAGGAGAGCCGGGGUUAUAGUGAAUGCUAGUGAGAAGAAGGUGAAGAGUGUGAAUUUCAAUGGAACUCCUCCAACUCGGGUUUUGCUCCUUAGGCAGCAGCUGCAGUAG